AUGGGGCCUUUUGUCUCUUCUUGUGGAAAUCUAUAUAUCUUGGUGGCAGUGGACUAUGUGACCAAAUGGAUUGAAGCUGUACCCUCCCCUACCAACGACCACAAGGUUGUGCUCAAGCUUCUUAAGAAGGUCAUAUUCCCGCGAUUUGUGCUUCCUAAGGUGCUAAUCAGUGAUGGAGGUUCUCAUUUUUCCAAGAAACAAUUCGAAGCUCUUCUCAAGAGAUAUGGGGUUCAUCACAAGGAUGGCAUACAAGACCCCCAUUGGCACAACCCCAGCCGGUUGGUCUAUGGCAAGGCUUGUCAUUUGCCGGUUGAAUUGGAAUAUAAGGCUUGGUGGGAGAUCAAGGAGCUUAACAUGGAUAUGUCCUUGGCAGGUGAGAAGAGAUUUCUUAAGCUCAAUGAACUUGAGGAGCUCCGAUAUGACGCCUACGAGAACUCGAGGCUCUAUAAGGAGAGGACUAAGAGAUGGCACGACCGACAUAUAAGGAACAAGAGCUUCAAGGUUGGAGACAAGGUGUUGUUAUUCAACUCUAGGCUUAGAUUGUUUCCCGGAAAGCUAAAGUCCAAGUGGUCGGGGCCUUUCACGAUUUCGAGGACUACUCCUUACGGGUCCUUUGAGUUGGAGGCGAAAGGGAACAAGUUCAUGGUCAACGGCCCUCGUUUGAAGCUCUACCAUUGCAAUGAUCAAGUUGGCAUAAUUGAGUGCAUGAGGCUCCAUCCAUCGGAUCCUAAGCCAGCUUUUUGA